AUGCCGACCACACUCACAACCCCUCUCACCCUCCUCAUCCCCGCCGAGCCACUCACCCGGGGCUCCUUCUCCCCCUUUGGCGACGUGAUCGAGAACCCUCACCCGGACAUCCGGCCCAGCACAUCCCUCCCCUCAAACCUCUACCACCAGGCCGUCUCCGCGAACCAGGGCACCGCAAUCAAGUACCAGAACGUCUCGACGCCCCUGGACCUCUACUCCCAAGCACCCUCAAAGUCAUCAAAGCCCAUAGUAAGCAUCUUCUCCUGCGCCGCCCGCGCCCUCGAGCCCGCAUCCCCGCCGCCCGCGCCCCCGAUCUCGACCCUGCUGCCGUACACCUACGCGGGGCCCUCCCGCGGCGGCCGCUUCCGCGUGACGAUCCUGGAGAGGCACCCCUUCACCACGCAGACCUUCGUCCCCUUCGCCGCGGCGGGAAACGUCGCCGGCGCGGGCUACCUCGUCAUCGUGGCCCCCACGCUCCCCGAGUCCAGCGUCACACAGGCCCUCCCCGCCCCGCAGGCGGGCGGCAGGGGUCGCGGACUGCCCGACCUCAAGGGCCUCAAGGCCUUCGUAGCGAGCCCCGGACAGGCGGUGACGUACGGCGCGGGGACGUGGCAUGCGCCGAUGGUGGCGUUGGGUCCGCAGGGGACCGCGAUCGAUUUCGUAGUGAACCAGUUCGCGAGCGGCGUCGGCGUCGAGGAUUGCCAGGAGGUCAUCUUCGAGGCUGCCGGCGACGGGGCGGGCAUAGUCGUGCAGGUCCCGGAGCGUAUGCCUGUUGUCGCGAAGCUGUGA